GGCCGUUGCCAGGAGCCCGCGUUGCCGCCUGAGACCCGUAAUAUGGCGGGGAGGAGGAGAAGGAGACGGCGGUGGAGUGAGCUGCUCUCUGUCAGUAGCAGUUAAGCCAUUUGCUUCCUGACAAGGCCUAUGGUGAGGGGAGGAAAGCUGACCCGACCGUAGGAGAUCAGGUGUGUGCGUGAGGAGGGGGUUUGACUCAGAGGGUCCCGGCUGCGGGGCCACCCGGCGAGGCGGAACUGGCGCCCCGAAGAGGUGAGGGCGGGCUCCGACGGAACCCAGGCGCCAAUGCUGGGCUCCCGGGCCUCGAGCCCCUGGAAAGGCGCCGGCAUGGGGAGGCGGUGAACCGGGUGCCUGCGGCACCCGGCGCGGAGGUGAUGCUCGGAUGGUGGGACCACCGACGGAUGGGCCCUAGGGCUGGAGCUUUAUCAGAGGGGCUGGGGGAGGUGGGCUUGGGGCUCUGGGGUGAGGGCAGAGGGUCCCGGGUAAAUAAGCGCCGGCCCGAGCCUAUCUCCUCUUAAUAAAACUGGGCCUUUUUAUCACGGGGACACGAUGCUGGCGAGGGAGGCGUCCCCAGGGUGCGUGCUGGCCAUUUCUGAACGCUCUCUCUGCCUUUGCGACUCUCUGGGGCAGAAGCAUGAGGAUAAUCAAGCCAAUUCUCUUGAUUGCUUCUGAGGCUGCUACGUGGCUCCCAGCCUUUGCUUCUCCCUGGUUUUGAUCCCAGUUCCCUACUCCCCCAUUUAGGCAAAUGGCAGGUGCUAGAGAUUGAUUUCAUGGGAAAGGUGGGGGCCUGGGGGGAAAAAAAAAGAAAUGAGGAAGCUGUUGCCCCCCUUUUCAUGUUUUAAAGUUACGUUUGAAUCUUACCAGGAACCAGGCACUGUUCACUGCCCUCCAGGAGUUCAUAAUUUAGUUGUAAAAGCUGUCGUCAUCAUCAUCACCACCAUCACUAUCAUCAUCUGCAUAAUCAAAGCAGCCCCCAUUUAUUGAUGCUUUCUGCAUGUCCUGCAGUAUACUAAUUGCCAGACGUGUUCUAGUUCCUCAAAUCCUCACAGAGUCCCUUUGAGACAGAUGAGAUUAUCCCCAUUUUACAGAUGAGGAGACUGAGGCCUAGAGAGACGGUAAGUGAAUUGCCGAGCACUGACAGCUAGCGCGUGCCUGAAAGGGAAACCUUCCCCUUCACUGCCUCGGCAGGAGGUUUUAUGUCUUUGGGAGGACCGAUGGGUCAACAGCCAUCUAGAAUCUGAAAACAGGGCCAGACCUGUUCUGUGUCACUUUGACUGUCCCCUUCGGUGACGUUUCUGGUAGAGCGCUGGGGAGGAACCAGGUAGCAGAGCCACGAGCCGAUGGGGCUGGCGAGGAGGCUUUCUUGGAGAAGGGCUAUGGAAUAAGUGGAAAAGACGAGGCGUGUCUGAACUUGACGCAGCUGACAAAUUCUGAAUUCAAGUGGGCCGGUAAUGCCUGACGGUCAAGUAUGGGGCAGUAGAUUUGUGGUUGGGGUGGCCUUGUCGUCAGGGCUCCCUAAAAAUAAAAUCCUGCUGACUCAGGUGAUUGUGUUGUGAGAAAGGAAGUGCCCUCUCGCUCAAUCGUACAGGCCACGGGAUGCUCCCUUUUGAAGUGGCUGCCUUUGCCGUUGAGAGGUGCCAGUUGCUUUGAGAAUAGGGUCACCCAGGAAGCUACCAUGCUCCCUUGCUAUCUAGCCCACUCUCACCUUUUUCCUGGUUUACGUUAUUCUUUGAGCUAACUACCUGGAUGUAUGUAUUCAAUACUUUUAUCAAGGGCUACUGAGUGCUGGCGCUGCUCCUGUGUAAUGGGGAUUCGGUGGUGAGCAAGACUGAGAAAGCACCUGUGCUUAUGGAGCUUACGCUUCGGUGGAGGAGGACAGACAAAAACCAAGGAGAUAAACAAGAUAAUUUCAGAUAGUGUGUGGUUGUGGGAAGAUGGAGGAAUAUGACAAGUUCUGUGAGAAGAGUCUUGCCAGAAUCCAAGAAGCAUCACUGUCCACAGAGAGCUUUCUACCUGUCCAGUCUGAAAGCAUCUCACUCAUUCGCUUCCGUGGAAUGGCUGUGCUUUCUCCACUGCUUAACAUUGAGAAAAGAAAGGAAAUGCAACAAGAAAAGCAGAAAGCACUGGAUGUAGAAGCGAGAAAGCAGAUUAACAGGAAAAAAGCUUUACUGACUCGGGUCCAGGAGAUUCUUGAAAAUGUUCAGGUUAGAAAAGCACCUCAUGCCAGUGGUUUUGAUCAGUGGGAGACUGAAACAGUUUACUCUCCUUCAGAAGUCACAAACUUGAAUGUUCCUGCUCCAUUUCCAAAUAUCUUGCCAAGCCCUACUGAACACUCCACUUUAGCAAAAUUCGAAAAGAUAACUGGACUCUUACCAUUGAAUAAUGAGGACCAGUUUAAAUCUAACGGGAUAGAUCUAGCUAGGGACUCAGAAGAAUUUAAUUCUCUGAAGCAAUGUGACCAUUCCAACAUUGGCCACAGGGAAAAUGAAGCUUCUCUGAAGGCCUCCUCAGCAACCCCACAGGAGACUCUUAUUCCCGAUGGUCUGUUCUCAACAAAUGAAAAACAGGAGCCGUCGCUUUUGGAGGAAGUUGCUGCAGAUCCCUACAUUAUGAGUCUUCAGAGCCUGAUGAAAAAGUCAAAGGAAUACAUAGAAAGAGAACAGUCGAGACGCAGUCUGAGAAGUAGUGCAAAGAGGAGUAUUAAUGAGAGUCAUUCAGACAAAGAAAACGAUGCUGUCACGGUGACCGGCUGUGUAAAGGAGAAGACCCAGCUCAUCAGCAAACACUGCGGUUCAGUUAUUCCUGACAAGCCCAGCCUUAAUAAAUCAAAUGUUCUUCUCCAAGGUGCUUCCACUCAAGCAAGCAGCACGAACUCAUCAGUUUUAGGUAGCUUUUCUAAAGCGGACUUACCUGUAGGAACUGGCCAUCCCACUGUUUCGGAUCUAGAUUCUGACUUUAAAGUCAUUCCCACUUUUGUUACUGAAAAUAAUGUUCUCAAAAGUCUUACUGGUUCAUAUGCCAAAUUACCUAGUCCAGAGCCCAGCCUGAGUCCGAAAACGCAUCGAAGGCGUUCUAGGCCAUCAUCAGUGUGUCAUAUACUUAUAAAUAACCCGAUAAAUGCCUGUGAGUUGAGUCCUAAAGGAAAAGAACAAGCAGUAGACUUAGUUGUUCAAGAUACUGAUGAAAAAACAAACAUCCCUGACACGGUGCCAAAUUUACCAAUUGAUUUAACAGAAGUUUGUCCAAACAGGGGUUAUGUCAGCAAAAAUACAUCUGAAGCCAUACAGGAAAUGGUUUUAGGUAAAUCAAAUCAGGUAUGUCAGUCUUCAGGAGAUCACGUAGAAAAUAAAGUGAUUCAUGGACUUGCUCUCGUUGAAGGUCAGUUAACAUGUGAUGGAAGAGGACCACACAAAAUGGACAGUAUGUGUCCCCCGAUGCCAAGACUGCAUGAGCCCUAUGCCACCGGUUCGUGUAUAGCGAGUCAAAACUUUGGAACCACGAGUGGACUCAAGUCAGCCAGUGUGUUAGAGAAAAACUCCUGCAAUUUACAGAUGGAACUGAAUAAGUCUUAUGAUGUAAAAAACCCAUCUCCUUUACUGAUGCAAAGCCAGAAUGCCAGGCAGCAGAUGGACACCCCUCCAGUGUGCUGUGGAAAUGAACAAUUUUUGGACAGCAGUUUUGAGAAAGUGAAACGCAGACUUGAUUUGGAUGUUGAUGGUUUGCAAAAGGAAAACUGUCCUUAUAUCAUAACACCUGGAAUAGCUGAACAGGAAAGGCAACAGUUGCCAGAAAAAAGAUACCCAAAGGGGUCUGCCUGCAUCAGCAAGAAUCAAAUGUUAGAAAGUAGUUGCAAAGAAGGUGAGGAGACGUUAAAAAGCAAGAUGUUAGCUCUUGAAGAAAUGCGGAAGAGACUGGAAGAGCAGCACGCCCAGCAGUUAUCACUGCUCAUAGCUGAGCAGGAGCGGGAACAGGAAAGGUUGCAAAAGGAAAUAGAAGAACAGGAGAAAAUGUUCAAAGAGAAGGUGCCUACAACGGAAGCCCCUGAAUUGGGUGUUAACGGGGCGGAGGCCUUAGAAUGGAGGCGAGUAAGCGAUUCUGGCCUGCUAGAGACGAUGCUGUCUCACAUGGACUCGCUUCACACGUCCAACUCGAAUAGUUCGGCUUUCACAAAUUCUGCCCUACAACAUAGCUUUGGCUCUGUGAAUGAAGCACCAUUCUACCUCUGGGGAUCAUCAACCGGUGGCUUGGCCAAACUCCUAGUAACAAGGCCUUCUGGAAGGGCCAUCACUAAAUGGUCUCAGGCUUUCAGUCCGGAAGUACAAGCAAAAUUUAAUAAAAUAACUGCUGUGGCAAAAGGAUUUCUUACUCGUAGGCUCAUGCAGACAGAUAAACUGAAGCAACUUCAACAAACUGUGAAAGACACUAUGGAAUUCCUCAGAAGUUUUCAGUCUGAAGGACCAUUAAAGAGAGGGGCUGUUUCCGCGCAGGACGCUUCUCUUCAGGACAGGGUGUUGGCUCAGUUGCGAGCUGCCCUCUACGGUAUUCAUGACAUAUUCUUUGUGAUGGAUGCAGCUGAAAGAAUGUCUAUUCUACGUCACGACCGAGAAGCUCGCAAGGAGAAAAUGCUCAGGCAAAUGGAUAAAAUGAAGAGUCCGCGUGUGGCUCUUUCAGCUGCAACACAGAAGUCUCUUGACAGGAAGAAGUACAUGAAAGCUGCUGAAAUGGGAAUGCCAAAUAAGAAAUUUCUGGUUAAACAAAAUCCUUCUGAAACAAGAGUCCUUCAGCCAAACCAAGGACAGAACGCUCCUGUUCACAGGCUGCUUAGCAGGCAAGGAACCCCUAAGACAGCAGUGAAGGGGGUUGUGCAAAAUAGACAGAAGUCUUCACAGAGCAGAGUGCCUAACAGAGCGCCUGUGUCAGGAGUAUAUGCAGGAAAAAUCCAAAGAAAGCGGCCAAAUGUUGCGACAAUUUAAGAAGACAACAUUCGUUAGGAUAAAGAAGGGGAGAGGGUUCCAUCCAUAUUAUUAUCUCUGCCCAGGACUGUAUUUCGCCCUGGACUCUGUUUACACAGACGAAGCGAUAUGGGAGGGCUGAGCAGUUAUCCGGACAGUUGGGUCAGUCUGGCCAGUUCCUUCCCCACGUUCCUCUUAAUAUUAGGUUUGGGUGAGGACAAAUUAGUAGUUAGUUAAUUGACUCAGCUCUUUGCUUAACCUGUACAAACAUACAUUUCUUUUAUGUACCCAGAUGUCUGCUGAGAACCUUUGUCUAAACUUAAAAGGCUAUUUGGGUUUAUUUCUAGAAAAUAUUGAAAAGGUGUGAUAAAUUUCAUUCCUCUCUGCAGACUGAUGGCUAAACUUGAUAAGCAAAUCAGAUACUGUUUUGUUCAAGGGGAGAUGAUUGCAGAAGAAUGUGUUCCCCUGGUUUUGUAACAAAGCUCUGAUUAACCUCUCAGUCUUCAUAUUCUUGAACUGACAGGAGGACCACACAGGCUAAAAGACUUGCCAGCUGAGUGUGGUCCACCCACCAUUUACCUCCAAAACAGCUGGGGUUCACCGUAUCGGUCGCAAGUACACCUUCCUCGCAACAGCUAACUGUCUUACAGAACUGUUAGGUUUAAUGUAUGUCCCCCCGGUCCUCUUAGAAACAUCUCUACUAAAUCAUAAAGUCUUUCUGUGGAGGGUGACAACUUUGGUGAAGAUAGCACAGUCUUCUCAACCGUAAUGGCUUUUAGGCAUGCAUCAUUAUUACACUCGUGUCUGUAACGUAGAAUGACGCGCUGCAUGCAGUUUUAUUUUCUAUUAGUCUGUAUAUUUUGAUUCUUCAUAGUCUGCCUUUUCUAGCAUGCUUGAUUUAGGAAAGAAUAAAGGGCUACAUAAUCAUAAAUUCAGAUUUUCAAAUGAGAUAGUAAUAUUGUCUAAUUGAAAUUAAGCAUUACUCAAGAGACACUGAUUUUUAAGGUUUUUUUCAUCACUAACAUAGUCAUUUAAAAUACAAACCAAAAAAAUGUUACCAAGGGAACAUGAUUUUCUGAAAGAGAAUGUCAGUUAAUUUAUCGUACCAUUUUCAAAAAGGGCUUUGUGCUUCUCACAUAAAAUUGGGAUUGUGUACAUUUAAUGUUUCUAACUUGACUUUUAAAAAGAUACUGGUAUUUUGAAAAUGCAGACUAUAUAUAUUCUUAAUAUCCUUUUAAGAAUGUGGAGAUAAAGAUUGUUUUCUUUGCUUUUUCUGUUCUAUUUUAAUUUAACUUUUAUAUCCAGGUGUAGACAGAAAGUAAUAACCUAGUCUGGGUGUAAACUUGAUUUUCCUUAUUGAGAUGUAUCAUUGAUUGAAUAAGUGAACCAGGAAAUUAGAAGACAGUCAAAAAUGUUUGUUUACCAGUUUGCUUUUUGUAGGGAAAGUAUAUCAAAUUAUCUUAAUAUGAUACAUUGUGCUUUAUCGUUCUGAAAACUCAGGAGACAGCUUACUCAUAUCAUCGUGGGUCUUUCCAGUAAGAUAGAUACUAAAAGUUUUGUGUACACUAAUGCAAAUUAGCUAAAACAAAUAGUAUGUUUUGGAGAAAGUUAAAACUAGUUUUAGAUUAAGGAUGAGAAACUUGAGUGUUUUUUUCAUUUAAAGAUAAGAGCUUGUGUGUUUUACAUUUUUUUAUUGUUCACAGCUUUUUCUCAUAAAAGU